AUGUGUGUAUCUCCUUGAUCCUCUGUUUCUUUACCGUAACUUGCGGCCAAUCGUAGAAGAAGAGGAAACAAACCAGGGAAAAAAAGAUUUUCAAGAAUCGGCGGCGGAGUAUUCUCGCCGGAAAAAUGGGUAAAGCUAGAGGAGUUAACAGCGGCGGCGGAGAGAGCUCUCUCGGUUAUCUUUUUGGUUCCAGCGAGUCUGUUUCCAAACCAAGCAAGGCCACCGCUAACACCAGCUUUACCACGACCACCACGACCACAACAACCACCGACGGAGCUGGAGGAAGACCCAAGACCACGACCACAACCACAACAACCGGAGAUAAAAACAAGACAGAGGAGAACUCGGCUGGUGUGAGAGGAAGUCCUAAUAAUUACUACAGAUCAGAUGGACAAAACUGUGGCAACUUCCUCACGGAACGACCAUCUACGAAGGUUCAUGCUGCACCAGGUGGAGGAUCUUCUCUUGGUUACUUGUUUGGAUCAGGCCCAUCUGGAUCUGACAAAUGAUUUCAAUUUCCACGAAUGUAAAAAAAUGUAAUCCUUGAAACUGGUUGUGAGGAUUGUUUUGGAUUUGGCCGUUUCCUGUAUUCUUGAAAAAGGAUUUGUCAAUCUAUGGUUCAAAGCUAGAAGCUUUCUCAAUCUUGAAAACAUUCACAA